UAUGUUAAAAAAUAAUACCAAUAUUAUGUGAAGGAUUAAUAUAAGAAAUAUAACAAUUUCAGCAAAUCGUAAAAGCAUGCUUCUUUGGUAAAAUUACUAUUUAUAAUAUGUUAACAUUAUUUUUAUAAUAUUUUAAACAUAUUAUAUUUUAUCAUGUUUAUAAUAAUAAUAACGUCACCAAGAUAUAGAAAAUGUCAUGCAAAAUUUAUAUAAAUUUAUUAGCAUACUUAUGACAUUAAUUUAUUCAAAUUAAGAUACACAGCAGCAUUAGAAAACUGGAAAAGGAAAGUACAAAGUAUGGGCAUAGAACUUAGCGAGGGAUGCAUUUAUACAUUAUAAUUUGCCGAUGAUUAAGUAGUCAUAGCAAAUUAUGUAGAAGAUGUGCAAUAUAUGAUGAGGAAGCUUAUAGAGGCGUAUACAAGUUAGGGCCUAACGGUUAACUUGGGCAAGACCAAGUAUCUCUGCGUGGAAGAGGAACAGAACAAUUUAGAUCUGGAGGACGGAUAAAAAAUAUCAUGCUCGUAGUCAGAACUACGAGUACCUGGGGGAUCACAUUUGAUAACACAGGUACAGACGGAAAAAAAAUACAAAACAGAAUAGUUAAAGCAAAGAAAGUUAUAGGAUGCCUUAACAGCGUACUUUACUUUGGAGUAAAGAAAUAUCACAGAAGAGAAAAUAUACAUAAAGCAAUAGUUAAAAGUACCCUUCUAUAUGGAGCAUGGAGACUGACGGAGAAAUUUAAAAAAAGGGUGGAAGCGGUGGGAAGACGGUGGACACUACCGUUAAGCGCGAUGAGCUCUUGACGCUCUCGUGCGUCACGCUACGACGCGCAUUUAGUGCGCAUUAAACAGCCAGCUGUGCCGUGUCGCGGACGAUUUGCCUGCCCCAUCAAGGAUCUUUGUUAAAUUAGCACAAAGAAAAAGAAUGAAGAUGGAGGACCAGUUCAGGGAGUCCGGGAAACAAAGAGCAUUUUUCGGGUUUCGGCGGGAUAGUAGAGAUGCAUCCGGCAUUGAAAACAGUCAAAUCUAUUACUAAUAACACUAUAUUUGGACUUAUUUUAAUAUUAUUUUCUAAAGCUGGCCACUUACCUAUACAGGAGAAUAAAGCUGCAGAUGUAAUACGCAGGCAAAUGAAAUUGGCAACAGUUAUGGAACUAUUAUACGCUAAUAACAACAUGAUAAAUAAAGGAAUAUUUAAUACACUACAAACAACUAAAAAUAAUAGAUGUCUAAAAUCUUCAGAAUUGAAGAAUAUAACUUUCAGCAACAAAAUAGCAUUAUUGUUUGCUGAUGACUUGUUGCGUCAUGCUUUAACCCAAUUAGCAGAUCUUAAAAAUCAAGAUAUUUUUUGCUUAAUGAUGUCCGCAAUGGCAGAUUUCUGUCAAAUAGGAUUUAUAGGACGCAAAGAUAAACAAGGGUUUCCCAUACCGCCGAUACCACUUAAGGAUCGUACGGAUUAUGCUGUGACAGAAUGGACGCUUUUGAACAUUCAUGUUGGAUCGCUAUUUGCAAAAAGUUGCCAAAGUACAUUAAAAAUAGCUGGGCAUAACAAGGAAAUGGAGGAAAAUGGAUUUGAGUUUGGGAAACAUUUGGCUUUAGCUUGGCAGGCUUUGUCGGACUUGCGUUUAUGCAUCAAUAAAGAUAAGGAAAUUUUGCAGAAUUUGUGUGCAGCUCCAAUUAUGUUCCAUGUUGAACAUGAUCCGUCAAUUUUAAUAGAGCUUGAAAAGGGAUUGGAAUCAGUUGAAAACGUUGAUUACUUAAAGGUGCUUGAAAUUGUCGCAGCUGGUCCAGGAAUUGGAUUAACUAAAACACUUGUGAGGGAACACUCGCAAAAAGCGAAGAAAAUCUUGGGCUGCUUUAAAGAAAGCAACACCAGAGAGGCAUUAUUUGAUAUUAUUGCUGCAAUAAAUAAUUUUGAAUAAAAAAUGUGUUUUUAAAUUUUUAUUGGAAACAAGCGUGUGCUACAUAUUUGUAACAUUACAUAAUUUAUACAAAUUACAUCUUAAAAAAGAAAAAUAAUAUAAGAUAAAAAUUGUACAAAAAUUGCUACAAAUAUUAUAAUUUCUUUAAAAGAGAGAAAAAAAAUAAAGUUUGAAUUUUGAUAUACUAUAUAUUUUUACGCUCGGUAUUGAUGGUCCGACGCGUGAAACGAAUUAAGGUGCGAUUUCACGUAGCUAUAAUAUCCAGAUAUUUAUUCCUACUCUACCGAAAUUUCCCAUAAUUUCCCAUUAUUCCCCAUGAAUCUCCAUAAUAAUAAUAAUUAUUAUUAUUAUUACUUUAUUUGGCAGGAAUAAUUAAAGCGCCCACUAGCCCGCACGCGUUUUACUACUGUUUUUUUCUGCCAUAUCAAUGCGCAUGCGCGAACAAGGGAGUCUCGAUCGGAACAUGAUAUAAAUACAAGGGUAUGCUUUUCCGAUGGACGAGUUUAGAACAUUCUUGCGCAGCAGCCUGCUUAUGUCACAUUUUUAUAGCCUCGGCUACGUUCAAAUCACUUCGGCGCGAAAAAAUAUGGCUGCAGCAGGCAUGUAAUGACACAUGGGUUGUUGCUUUUUAAAUUUUGUGUGCUGUGCGCUGUGACAAUGAGUGCUUGUGCAGUGAAAGGUUGUAACAAUUCUUACCGAAAAAGAAUAAUAAUAGAAGAAAAGCCAGUGAAAUAUUUUAGGUUUCCCAAAGAUAAUGCAAUUGCUGUAAAAUGGCGUGAAGUGUGCAAAAAUGGUGUAAAUAUGACUUAUGGUAAGAGUCAGUUAUUUCAUAUUAACGUAUUAGUAAAUUAAUAGCUGUAACAUACAGUUUAUUUUGUUCAGGAAAGAUAAGUUCUAAACACUUCGACGCAUCGUGCUACGACGAGCCUGCACAGCAUAUAGCUUUGAAUUAUUCUCCUUUAAGAGGACGAAAGUUAAGAUUGGAUGCAAUCCCCACAUUGCAUUUAUUUUCAGAAUUGCAUAUGGUUAAAAGACUAGAUACAUGUGCCGAAGAUGCACAUAAAACAAUAUCGGAUUAUAUUACCGAAGCAAUACCAUCAACGAUAACUCUCAAAAUAAUAUCAGAGAGUAUUGCUGAAACAGAACCAUCAUCAACUGCUAAAUCUCAACCCGCAACAUUGGAUAGUAUUGCAGGAGAUGCAAUAACAACAGUUACUACUGCAGAUUAUUCUACGCUAGUAAAAAAUCUACAAGUGGAGUUAGCGAAAACAAAAGAGGCGCUUAUGCAGUCCGAGAAGAAGAAAGAAAAACAGAUAAAAGAAAAAGUUCAAGAAAAUAUGUACAGAUUACUGAAGCAUGUAUUUACGCCAGGACAGAUUUAAAUGCUGCUAAAUCCACAAAAGAAACGUGUCGUCUGGUCUUCCGAAGAUAUUGCAAUUGCGAUAUCAUUAAGGAGCGUUAGCCCAAAGGCUUAUCGGUAUUUGCGUAACGUUGUAAAAAUACCGCUCCCUGUCUGACAAUGAUCCGAAGAUGCACCGCAUUUGUUGAAACUACUACGAAAUCACUUCCUCGAUCAAGGAUUCAACAUAGAUGAUCAUCUAAUAGAUAAGAAAUGUAUCGAAAAAGUUUUAGCGAUAAAUGUCAACAAUUUAAAAGUCGCAUUUGCGAUAUCGCAGUAUCACUUAGAUGUAAAAGGAUCCGAGCGACAAAAAGUCCUUCCUGCUGCUCAAUUAUUGUCAAAUAAGACAGCUUGUGCGAUUGAAUGGCGUGAGCAGAAACAUUAUUUAGAAAAUACAAAUUGGAAGAAACAUCAAAUUUUAUAAAAUUAUGCAACAAUUGGUUUGAUGUUUUUAAUUCUUCGAAUAUGUAUGGUAAACACGAAGGCAAAAAUGCAUAUAGCAUUGAUUUGCAAAAACAAAAUGCGAUUUUGUACUAAAUGACGGAUUUCAUGCACAAAAUAAAAAUCGGAAAGCAUAAAAAAUUACUAUUAUUCCAAAAAGGCAUUAUUGUUAGUAAUAAUUCAUUAGAACAAUUGUUUAUAUAUUUAAAAGAAAAGUAUUCCGAUGAAAAUUUUGUUAUGAAAUACGUUAUCACAAGGCGUCUGAAUCAAGACUUACUGGAAAAUUUUUUUCCUUCAAUCGAGCUACUGGAUGUGCAUACGAUCACCCCACAGCAUUAGAUUUUAAAUAUAGGCUUAAGAGAUAUAUUUUAGGAAAACACUCGACUAAUCUUUUUUGUAGAACUUCUAAUGUAACGACAAGUGAAUCAAAUGUGUCUUGCUUCAUGUCUCCGUUGGGUACCGAAAAUUCUUCGGUACUAGGUACUGAAAGUUCUUCGGUACUUAAUGGAGACACGAAACAAGAUACAUUUGAAGAGCAAGUCUUAAACAAUAUAUUGGCUCCAUAUAUUGCUCAAGAAGAGCCAUCACAUUUUGCUGAAGAACAGUUCGCACAUUAUGUCGAUGGUGAAAAUGAUGAUUCUCCUCUAUGCGAUUUAAGUUCGUUCAACAUGUCUGUUGAACAAGAGGAACUUUUAAAAUCGUUAGAUGAGUUGGAUGUCAUUGACAUCAUAGAAGAUGAAGGUUUAAAAUACGUCGCUGGCUACGUAGCCUAUAAAUUUAAACAUAAAUAUCUUUAUUUAGGUACAGAAACAUGCUUCUUGCCAGUUAAUGUAGCCAGUCUAAAUCAUUUAGACUGACAGUUUAUUUCACGUGGCAAUUGUAUAUAUCCCUCUAAAGAACUGUUAGAAACUGCGCGCGUUAUGAAUAUAGAGUUCAGUAAGUUCCACGGUUCGUCACUUUGUAAAGAUAAAUUUAUUUUUAAUACAUUGGCUGGAAAAAUAAUAGGUUUAAUACAUCCUAUUGAAAUACCUAAAGAGGUAAGAACGCGAACGUACAUUCGUGUACGUGAAAUAAAUCGUGCGAUUUCUAUACAAAAUAGAAAUAGACAUAAGAAAAAAAAAUUGUCAAAAUUUGUCAAUAAUAAAAUCACAUAGAGAGA